CUCCCCUCUUUCUCUCCCCCCCCUCCUUGUCGAGGAGCUUCGCGCAGCCACCCAGUGCGUCCGCUCGUCAGGAUUCCGCACUUUUGGACAGCGGGUCGCAGGGACUUCAUUUAAUUCAAGCCAUAAAAGAAGACGAGGAGAGAAACAAAGGAGGGCAACACCACAGGAAGAAGUUCUCAAGGGAAGAGGGGUCUCCCCAAAACCUGAGUCAUGAGUCGCAGCAUCGUGCGGCAGAGUAAGUUUCGCCACGUCUUCGGGCAGGCUGUCAAAGCUGAGCAAGCUUACGAUGACAUCCGGGUCUCUAAGGUGACGUGGGACAGCUCCUUCUGCGCCGUCAAUCCAAAGUUCCUGGCCGUCAUCGUUGAGUCCAGCGGAGGAGGAGCGUUUCUUGUCCUGCCCCUCUCAAAGACAGGCCGUGUGGAUAAGAACUACCCGCUGGUAAUUGGCCACUCUGGACCCGUCCUGGAUAUCGAUUGGUGCCCUCACGAUGACAACAUCUUGGCCAGCUGCUCGGAAGACUGCACAGCAAUGGUUUGGCAGAUCCCAGAUCACUCCCUAACCCGUCCUCUUUCCGAUCCCGUUGUCGUGCUCGAGGGACACUCCAAGCGAGUCGGCAUCGUCAGCUGGCACCCUACCGCUCGCAACAUCCUCCUCACUGCCGGCAGUGACAAUCUGAUAAUAAUAUGGAACGUGGGCACAGGCGAACCUCUCAUCUCCAUGGACGACCACCCAGACCUCAUCUACAGCGUCAGCUGGAACCGAAACGGCAGCUUGUUUUGCACCACCUGCAAGGACCGACGCCUGCGUGUCUGUGACCCCCGAAAGAGGGAAGUGGUGGCGGAACGUCUGGCACCACAUGAGGGCAUCCGACCAAUGAGAGCCAUUUUCAUCCGAGACGGAAACAUCUUCACGACUGGAUUCACCCGGAUGAGCCAGAGAGAGCUCGGCCUCUGGGACCCGACAAACUUUGAAGAGCCUAUAGCACUUUUGGAAUUGGACACGAGUAACGGAGUGUUGUUACCAUAUUAUGACGCCGAUGCAAACAUGGUCUACCUGUGUGGGAAGGGAGACAGCAGUGUCCGUUACUUUGAGAUUACAGAGGAGGUGCCGUACGUCCAUUACCUCAACACCUUCAGCAGUAAAGAGCCCCAGAGAGGCAUGGGCUUCAUGCCAAAGAGAGGUGUGGACGUCACCAAAUGUGAGAUUGCACGGUUAUACAAGCUGCUUGACAAAAAGUGUGAGCCCAUCACCAUGACAGUUCCUAGAAAAUCGGACCUCUUCCAGGAUGAUCUGUACCCUGACACAGCAGGGCCAGAUCCUGCCAUGGAGCCUGAAGAGUGGUUGGAUGGCCGUGAUGAAGAUCCCAUCCUGAUCUCUUUGAGGGGUGGCUACGUGCCGCCGAAGAGCCGCGAGCUAAAAGUGUCAAAGAAGAACGUGCUGGACUCCAGACCUACCACCAGACGUAGCAUGUCCACUUUGGACACCAACAGCUUGCCUCCCCAGCUGCUUGAGAGGCUACUCGAGGAGCUUCAGAACCUGAAGGCCACAGUUUUGUCACAGGAGAAGCGGAUCUGUGACUUGGAGAAUAAGCUUUCCCAGUACACCAAUGGCACCGCCUGACAUGCAUGUGAACACAUAGAACUGGUCUGAUUUUCAGAAUCACUGUUAUUAUAGAAAUUUGUCUCCACUGCACUGACAAGAAAUUGCCCUUCUGAAUACUUUAGCCCCUCUGCCUCCCUAAACAUACUGUUAAAAAAAAUGCAUAUAAUUGAACAUCUGUGCAUAUUACGGCUAAACCCAGAGGCUUUGUGGUUAUUCCUGCAAAAUUCUAAUCCAUGUUUGAAAAUAAUAUAUCUUCAUGGUAAAGGCAAUGCAUUUGAUGAAGUCAUAGCUUUGCUGAUUUGAAUGAACUGAGAACGGUGGAGUUGUGGGACUGUGCAAUUGGAAGAGAUAAGCAAGUCGGAUGCAAAGAAAACAGUUUGCAGUGUUAACGGCGUUUUUACUGGAAACAAAUGAACACCAGCUUCCAGGCUAGUGUUCAUUUGUUAAGGUAGCGCCACGUGUACGCAGCGGCCCGAGGGAUCUCUGAUUUUCAGUCUUUUUUACUUUUUUUUCUAAAAAAAAAAUGGAAGUAUGCAAGGAAGAAAUAACAAGUGUAAGAGAAGGAAAACCUCCAUCACCAUGAAGAAAGCGUACACAUGUACUUGAUGGUCAGCUGUUACAAAAGACCUCUCUGAAUACAUUUCAAAAUGUAAAUAGUAAUCAAAGGAAACAGGUGAUAAAAUAUGGAGCUUGUUGCCAAAUGUCAAAAGCAAACACGUUUGUGGUCUGUAAAAGAGUAAACAUAGGCACAUUGUCACAGCAAUAAAAAUAUGUUUUUUGUA